AUUUGAUUGAUGUACACUUUUUACUAUUCGCCAUCUCAACCCUAAGCACGCGUCCACCUCCAACUAAUUUUUCUUACCGUUAAAUUAUCAAGGGUCACCAUGAGGUCAGGAAAAUCCCUCAUCGGGACUCUGGCCGUGUUUGCAUCUCUAACUUUCGCAACCAGUUCGGCUCAACUUCUUCAAGCUGUCAAUACUACGGCACACAUGCCAUAUCCAAAUUUCUGGUUUCCACACGCAUACGAUGGCAAUGACACGAUUUACAUCGGACCCGGAUUUGAAGUUCCGCUCAACCAGUCAAAGUCCAUGAUGAAAUAUUCCAUCUCCACCGACACGCUGACCGUUUUGGACGUCGUCCCUUGGCAAAGCGGUGGAUUUUCGUACUAUGAUAAGGCUGAUGGGGAAGUGUACACUGUUGGAGGUUCAUUUCAAGCGUUGCCACCCCCAAUUUAUGUAUGGGCACCGGAUUCCCUGACAUCCGCAAGGGUUGGUAACAUCUCUGGACAAUCCUCAAUGUCACACUUUGCCGGAAUUUAUGACAACAACAGAACCAUUUACACGUUUGGAGGAACAUUUCAGAGUUACAAGGUUUUUACGAUGGACACCGUGACGCAUGAGGUCAGCAUGUUGGGUGAUCUUCCCAAGUGGCUUUCCUGGAAUGAAGGCUUCUUUGAUGGAAAUGAAACAGCCUACAUUUUCUGCAAUGACGAAUACGACAAUCCAAAUCCCGGCGUGCUUGCGUACAAUAUUCGAACAAAUGUAGGAACCAUUUUACCGGGGGACAUACCUCCAAUGAACACUCAACCAUCCGUUGCUUUCGAUGGUCGUUACGCCUACCUUUUUGGCGCAGGUUUAUACGGGACAGAGGAGCCCGCUGAUGGAAUUUACCAAUAUGACCCCAUGGCUCAGACAAGUACAUUUAUUCAAGUCGCCAACUUUCCUGGAUCGGUAGGAAGAUGGUUUUCUGGAAUGGGUGUGGUUUACGUGGAAAGGUUGAACAGGAUUUAUUAUAUUGGCGGAGGAACAGGACUUGUCAACCCCGUGUUUUGGAGUAAUAUUGGAUACAUUGAUCUGAGUCCGAUUAAUGGAAAAAAGCCGCUCGUUGACUUGUAAUUUUUUUAAAAUUAAUUUGGCGACAAUAUAAUAUUUUCAAUUCGACACAAGUUGAAUUUGAAUUUGUUCAAUAUCUAUAACGAGAAUAAAUUCACCAAUGAAUUUAUCAUGAUUGUCGAAUUUAUAUGUACAUCUAAUUCGAAAUAGUAUGGCAAGUUCAACCGUUUAUAUUUAUUUGCAUUAAUUUCAACGAUGUCAACGAUUUCAACGAUUAAUGUCAAUGAUAAAAUUUUGCCAUUAAGUAUAUAACAAUUUCGGCCUAACCGUAAUUUUGUUUAUUUGUAUUUUUGAAAAAAAAUUAGCACGCUAUCCCUCGUUUAGAAGAAAUGAGAAUAUUUCUUUCGAAUUCAUGCACUCUUACUAUUCACUUUAGAGGUUGAGAAGUUUUGAAAAACUGGAUAAGGCGGAUCUCUGAUGACCUGCCAUACAUAUUAGCAGAUAAUGGAAAUAAAAAUGUA